GAGAGAAGAAGGGAAAGAGGCCGUUGACAAUGGCUGACAAUUUGAAAGACGUUGACAUGACUGUGGAAACUUACAAUCGCGGGAAAAUAGUAAUAGUAACGUACUUGAACCGCAAUACCACGGAGGCUCCUCCACAGAGCUCCGGUGACGACCACGAUCACAUCAAGCCAAACCAACCAGAGCUGAAACCAAACCAACCAGAGAAUCCAGAGGUUACUGUGGCCGAAGCUGCGGCGAAGAUCAAUGCCUCCGAUCUUGCAGCUUUCCUUGCUAAGACAUCCGCUUCGUAUGAAUCGAAGCAGCAUAUUCAGGUCAAGCUAUUUGCAGAUUAUUUUGACCGCGUGUUUGCUUCAGUUAGUGCUACUCAGUUCCCAUGGUUGAAGAUAUUCGGGGAGUCCUCUUUUGGGAAGAUAGUUGAUAUCCCUAUUUCUCACAUAUCGAAUGAUGUUUAUAAGACAUCAGUUGACUGGCUUAACCAGAUAUCUUGUGAAGCACUUGGUCCCUUUGUGUUGCGGUCAUUGGAUAAAAUUUUCUCCGACAUGGAUAAAUCGAGAAAGGUGGUUCAGCAACCUCAAAAGUCUCGGGCUGCCAUAUUUGUGGUUUUAGCAACGGUGGUACGACAGAAACCUGAUGUGUUGAUCAGCCUCUUGCCUGUAAUGGCGAAGGACCCAAAAUAUCAAGUACAUCAAGAUAAACAAAAAAUAACAAUAUGGUUGGUUGCCCAGGCCUUCGAAGGAAAUUUGAUUGUGGGGCUUUUCAUGUGGGUACACUUACUCUUGCCAAUGCUGAGCUAUAGUAAUCGGCAGAACAGAUGCUUGAUUUUAAAGCUUAUGGAGAGAAUUCUAUCUGUCCCAAAAGCUCGUUCCGUUCUAUUAAAUGGAGUAGUCUGGAAUGGGGAGCGCGUAGUGCCACCAUGGGCUCUUGAGCUUCUAAUGAGAAUCGCCUUCCCGGUGUAUUUGAAGGAUAAGGUUAAGGCUACUCAAAGGUUUGAGGCCGUGUAUCGCACCUUAAAAAAGAUUGCUCUUGCUUGCUCCCCUGGUAGCAAAGAAAUGAAGCAGAUAACUGGGGAAAUAUUGCAAUUUGCCAUCAAAGCUGUUGGAGAACAUAAAUGUAUACAUGGCUUAACUGACGAGGCAACCAAUAUAUUCAUAUGGUGUUUGACUCAGAACCAAGACUGUUACAAGCAAUGGGAGGACCUUUAUUUAGAUAAUAUUGAAGCAAGUGUUUAUAUUCUGGAUAAGUUAUACAAUGGAUGGGAGGAGCACUCUGUUAAACAUUGUAAUCUUCAAUCUUUAAAGACCAGCUUAAAGAGUUUCAGGCAGACGAAUAGUGAAGCAUUGGCCAUCAGAGAGAAUGAGUAUCUCACAUAUGCAGAGGCGUACUGCAAGUUAAUUUCAAAAAGAUUGUCAUGGUUUGAACGUAUUUCAGGAAGAUAUACAGAGUGGUUUGAACGUAUUUCAAGAAGAUAUACAGAGGCAUUGGGAUUUGUUCUGUUGGCCGCCGGUGCUGGCGGUGCUGCUAUCAUGUACCGGAACAUCCAAUUGCUUUUUACAAUGACUUGAGUUAUAUUUUAUAUAUAUAUAUAUAUAUUAUAUAUUUUUGUAAACCGAGGUGGAAAUGGAUGAUCUUGUAAUUCUAUAUUUUUUCUGGUGCCAUUUAUGCCCUUUUUUUUUUUUUUAAGGUGAGUUUUAUGCCUUCUUUAUAAGAUGAAUUUUAUCGAAUGUGUUAGAAAUAAAGGCCGACCAUAGAACUCUAUAGUAUUAAUGUAUGAGAUAUUGAGACAUACAAGAGAGG